GUUUUUCCCUAACGUGUUCCCGUAGAACGCUGCUGUCAUGUCUGCCCCCUUCAUGUCUCUGUACAGAUGUUGCCAGCGUUCGGCUCUCCUGGUCGUCUCCAGACGGUCGUUGAGCUCGGUGUCUCCCCCCAGCUCGGCGUCUCCCUCCAUCUUGGUGUCUUCCCCCCCUCUGCACACCAGGUUCCUGCGCUACCUCACCCAGCGCUUCUACGAUGUGGAGAUGCUCCAGAGCUGGAGUUUUCUGCAGCGGUGGAAGAGGGUUCAGAAGAGAAAUACUUACUAUGGCUACACUCAGAAGAACUACGGAUCAGACAUCGCAGCAGCGUAUUACAUCCUGAGUCUGAAGGGAGGGUUCAGGUUUGUCGGCCAGUCAGAGUGGUUCAUUGCAGACCGGAGGGGCAAAUUUAAUUGGGCUUUCUUGGAUCACAAAAACACCCCCCUGGAGGAAGUGAACAUGAACUACACAGGCAUCAACUACAGAGGGCUGGACAACCUCGAGGUGCAGAAAUCUUUGCGGACUUUGUCAAUACGAGGAUGUCCUGAAGUGGACGACUGGUUUCUGACCAGGCUUCACAUGUUCCAGGACUCUCUGGAGGAACUGGACAUCUCUCACUGUCCACGCAUCACGACAGGCGGCCUGGCUGCACUCAGGAAUCUCAAAGGACUGAAGCGUCUGGAUGUGUCGUCCCUCCCUGGGAUCUCGAGUCCAGGCGUGGUCAUCAUCCUGCUGGAGGAGAUGUUACCAAAGUGCGAUGUCAUUGCUAACGGCUACGACCACACGCUGAGGGAGGAGAGCUGAAGGAGGACGUCAGAGGAAUCGAGAGACUUUGUUCAGAAAGAGAGAGGGUCUUCUGUGAGAGCGCAGUGGUCAGACAGAAAGUCUGCUUUCAUGCUAUGGAAACAUUAACAAUACAAUCAUCACAGAUUAACUAGACACAGACAAUAUCCAGCAUCUUCAUUUUGCAAUGGACAUCUGCACAAGUCUUGUCACACAUCUAAUUAUGUGAAAAAAUUCAAUAGUAAGGAACAAUGUACUUCCUCAAGUUUGUCGGAUAUAAAUCUAUAUAUAUAUGUAUGUAUGUAUGUAUGUAUGUAUGUAUGUAUGUAUGUAUGUAUGUGUCUGUAUGUAUGUAUGGAUGUGUGUCUGUCUGUCUGUCUGUGUAUGUAUGUAUGUAUGUAUGUCUGUCUGUGUCUGUCUGUCUGUCUCUAUCUAUGUAUGUAUGUAUGUCUGUCUGUCUGUCUGUAUGUAUGUAUGUAUGUCUGUCUGUCUGUAUGUAUGUAUUGAGCAAAUUGAACCAUGUGCAUGUGUUUUGUUUGCAGAAAUGUAAAUAUGAUUUGAAAUGUACUGAAUAAAGAUUUUAUUUCUCAAUAUCA